AUGGCGCCACCAGGUCCGAAUGAGUUGUCGAUCGUGGACAUUUCUUUACUUCCGUCCAUACUUGGUGUUGACGGGAUGCCCAAGGGUCCUUGCAAGAGAGGCACCGGCCUGAAGAACGCCAAGGGAAACCUCAUCGGUGCCCGUGAUAAGCAGCAGCAUGCUGAAGCACGGCGCGUCUGGAACCGCGCGUUCGGCAGUGCCUCUAUCAAGACUUAUGAACCCAUCGUGAUUCGACACACUGCUCAGCUUGUUGAUGAACUGAAGAAGAAUUUUGACUUCAUGGGCGAUUUUGCAUUCGGCGAAUCAUUUGAUUUGUUACAAAAUGGAGAUAAGAGUGGUCUGGUACACAUGAUGGAGGAGGGCCUGUACCUCCCAUCACUCAUGCAGCAUAUCCCAUGGUGUAGUGAAGCAUUUGUAAUGUUUCCCUUCUUUGGGAAGCAGAUGAGACGCUUGGGCGAAUUUUCCUUCCAUCAGGUUUCAAAGCGACUGCGAGAAGGUUCCAUUCGUGACGACCUAUUCUACCACCUUAAUGCUGAAACCCAACAGGACGGUGCAGGUCCACCUCCCUUGUCUGUCACAGUGUCCAACUCAGUGACAGCUAUCGUUGCGGGCUCCGAUACUACGGCAUCUGCGCUCAGCAAUGCCUUGUAUUACAUACUUUCUCAUCCACCUUGUUAUGCGCGUCUACAAGCUGAAGUGAAUGCUACAUUUCCGAUCGAAAAUGGAGAACCAACAGACUCAGCCAAGCUCGCACAAAUGGAGUAUCUCGAUGCUGUGAUCAUCUUCGUCCCGGAAGGCACAGCUAUCCACGUACCACCGUUCCUCUACCAUCGUGACCCUCGAUACUUUUCCCCAGACCCUGAUCGGUUCUGGCCCGAGCGCUGGUUGUCACGCGCAGAUGCGGAUGUUGUACUGAACACGAGUGCGUUCAUUCCUUUCUCAAUGGGACCUGCAAACUGUGUAGGGAGGCCGCUCGCACUCAUUGAGAUUCGCAUGGUCUUGGCUUAUAUGCUCCAAACAUUCGACAUACGCUUUGUAAGCGGUUUCGAGCCAAGGGUAUACGAGGAGCAGUUGCAGGACCUUCUUGUAACUCGCAGGGGGGCUUUGCCGGUGACUCUGACUCUUCGCGCUGGUCGUUAA